AGCAGAACUGCGGUUGGCUCGAGACGUUUACUACUCCGCAGAGGAGCGCGCGAAAGUUGGCAUUGAUGUCAAUUCACGGAGAGUUUAUGAAAUUAAAGGACAGAAAGCGGAGGCUGCAGCUCGGGUACGGGGCAGAGUGAGCUGAACUCGGGCUCAGAGCGGGGUUUUGGGGAUACGUUUGGUGGUGGUGGACCGCGGACGACGGCUGAUGCUCUGAGGAGAUUUUUCUGUUUAAUUUUUAACGUUUUUUAACCGCCGCUCGCGAGACGCUCUCCUCCACAAAGUUACCUGAGCCGGUUUUCCUCAGCGGAAAUAUGCGCUUUCUCGCCUUUCUCGUGCUGUCAACUUUCUCCGUGUGCGAAGCGUCGCCCUCCCGGAGCGUUUUUACCAACCACUGGGCUGUUCGGGUCACCGGGGGACCUGAGGAGGCUGAUAAACUUGCUUCAAAAUAUGGCUUUACUAAUUUGGGGCAGAUUGGCGGCCUGGAGGACCACUACCAUUUCCAUCACAGCCGAGUGGUGCGCAGGUCCACCUUUGCCACCAGGGGCGCCCACAGCUUCAUCCACAUGGACCCCAAGGUCGACUGGGUCCAGCAGCAGGUAGUGAAGUCCAGAGUGAAGCGCUAUGCCAGGAGUGACCCCAACUUCAUCUACUUCAACGACCCCAAGUGGUCAAACAUGUGGUAUAUUCACUGCAGUGAUAACAGCCGAUGCCGCUCAGAAAUGAACAUCCUGGCCGCCUGGCAGCGCGGCUAUACGGGGCGAAAUAUCGUCAUCACCAUCCUAGAUGAUGGAAUAGAGAGGAACCACCCAGAUCUGGCUCUAAACUAUGACCAGUUAGCCAGUUACGACGUCAACGGCAACGACCAUGACCCAACACCACGAUAUGACUCCAGCAACGAAAACAAGCAUGGAACCCGAUGUGCUGGGGAGGUGGCUGCCGUGGCCAAUAAUUCACACUGUAUCGUGGGUAUUGCCCACAACGCACGGAUUGGAGGCAUUCGGAUGCUGGAUGGAGAUGUGACUGAUGUGGUGGAGGCCAAGUCACUGGGAAUCCGGCCUGACUACAUUGACAUUUACAGCGCCAGCUGGGGCCCUGAUGAUGAUGGGAAGACUGUGGAUGGCCCAGGCCCCUUGGCCAAACAGGCCUUUGAAGUGGGCAUUAAAAAGGGACGUAAGGGCUUGGGCUCUAUUUUUGUGUGGGCAUCUGGAAAUGGAGGUCGCCAAGGUGACCACUGCUCGUGUGACGGUUACACCAACAGCAUCUACACCAUCUCCGUCAGCAGCAGUACAGAAAACGGCAACAAGCCCUGGUACCUGGAGGUGUGCUCUUCCACCCUCGCCACCACCUACAGCAGUGGAGAGUUCUACGACCGCAAAAUAGUCACUACAGACCUACGGCAGCGCUGCACAGACGGCCACACUGGAACAUCAGUGUCCGCACCCAUGGUGGCCGGGGUCAUUGCUCUCGCACUAGAGGCCAAUCCUUUAAUAACUUGGAGAGACGUACAACAUCUAUUAGUAAAGACCUCAAGACCUGUUCACCUGAAAGCCAGUGACUGGAAGACCAAUGCCGCUGGACACAAAGUCAGUCAUCUAUAUGGCUUUGGUUUGGUGGAUGCUGAAGCAAUGGUGCUUGAAGCCAAGAAAUGGAGAAGUGUUCCUUCUCAGCACACCUGCAUAAAAAUGGCAGACCGCAGAACCAGGUACAUCCGACCGGACCAGAAGCUAAACGCCAGCAUCAGCAGCACAGGUUGCAGAGAUCAGCCGGAGGAGCAGGUGGUCUAUCUGGAGCAUGUGGUUGUGCGGGUGCUCAUCAACCACCCGCGCAGGGGAGACCUAGAGAUCAGCCUCAUCUCGCCGUCAGGGACACGCUCCCAGCUGCUGGCCAAAAGGUUGUUUGAUAACUCCAAUGAAGGCUUCAGGAACUGGGAGUUCAUGACUGUGCACUGCUGGGGUGAGAAGGCAGAGGGCACAUGGACCCUGGAGAUAUCUGAGUCCCCAUCACAGCUCAGGAACCCAGAGAUUCUAGGCAAGCUGAAAGAGUGGACGCUGAUUCUCCACGGGACAGCGGAACACCCUUACCAGUCUCAGAGCUCUCAACAUUCUCGCUCCCGCAUGCUGGAGAUUCCCAGCAUGAAGAGUCCAGAAACCUCUCCAGAGACCCCUCAACAUGAGGAUGAGGAAGAAGAGGAGUACAGUGGGCCGUGCCACCAGGAGUGUGGGGACCAGGGCUGUGAUGGACCAGACGCUGACCACUGUCUAAACUGCAUCCACUUCAGUCUGGGCAACCUGAAGACAGGAAGGACCUGUGUUAGUCAUUGUCCUUCGGGUUACUAUGCGGACGCUGGGGCUCGGCGAUGCAGGCGCUGUCACAGAGGCUGUGAGAAGUGUGUGGGCCGUGGCUCCAAUGAGUGCCGUUCCUGCCGGAGAGGACUCAACUUCUACACAGUGGAGAACUCCUGUAUAGAGACCUGCCCCACUGGCUACUUCCCUGAUGAGGGUCAGAGACAGUGUGUGAAGUGCCACGAGAACUGCAAGAAGUGCCUGCGAGAUUCUGACAGAUGUACCGCCUGCAAUGAAGGCUUCAGCUUAGCAGGAAUGACCUGCGUUCCACAGUGCGUCAAUGCAACCUUCUUUAACUUGGAGGAAAUGAAGUGCAGCUCCUGCCACAUCUCCUGUUCCACCUGCACAGGACCUGGCAUGGAGGAAUGCCUCCACUGUGCCAGAGACUUCCUGCAGCAGGAAUGGCGGUGUGUCCGGAAAUGCUCCUCUGGAUACUACGAGGGUGAAGGAGCAGGGUCUGCACAAAGGAUGUGUCGCAAAUGUGAAGAGCACUGCCUGAGCUGCCAAGGUCCUGGAACGAGCUGCACACAGUGUAGGGACGGAUACAACCUCGUCAGCGGUACCUGCAUCGUUAACGCUACCUGCAACAACGCGGAUGAGGUGUUCUGUGAGAUGGUGAAGUCCAACCGCUUGUGUGAGAAGAAACUCUUUCGCCAGUUCUGCUGCAGGACCUGUCUGAUGACUGGAUGAGUAAAGCAGAGAGGGAAGGGCAGUGGAGGACAUAGCACGUCUUUUAUAUGGAUGUGUUAUCUGAUGUACAUUUUAAACCAGUUUUAUCUGUGGUUUCAAAGACAACAAACUCCUCAUGUCGGUAAACCCCGGAAAGGGUGCUAUUUGAUUGCCAUAAGAUAUAUUUUUAAGGUUGUCUGUUUUAUAAACUUCAUAUAGCACAUGUAUAAACUGUUUAUUUUUUAUUCAAAGAUGACAUCAUUAUGAAAAGAGACGGCUAUGGAGAAUUAAAUUAACGUAUGUGAUUGUAAGGAAUAAGCUAGAGGACCAGCAUUCUCAGUGAAUCAGUAGGCUCAUUUCCAGUACUAACCUCUUAAACGGAUAAACGAUUAUGCAAGAUUACUGAUUUCAGCGGACGAACAAGAACACCAUGAACUGCACUGUGUACGACUGGACGUUUUCCGGGAAUGUUGAGUGUCGAGAAAUGCCAUAGUGAAGGUGUUGUGUAUUAUGGAGCGUGUAUGUAAUGUUUCAAAUAUUUGUUCUGUAAGGACGGCAGAAUAAACCCGUCUGUGGCCACCGGC